CCUUUCAUCCUUUUAUCAUUAAAAAAAACCCUAAAGUCCUCCUCGCAUUUCUCCCUCAGCUCUCAACACUGCCGCCCGCCCCCUCCCCCCAUCUGCUUUUCCACCUCUCCCUCUGGUGCAGCUGCGCGCAUACCGCCUUCCCUUCCGCCAAUUAUCCCUUUGCUCUUCAGGCUACCGACGUCGUUUCUGCGUCCGCUGGUCCUGGUUGCCUCUUCGCGUUUCUCCGCCGCUUCCUCUGGUCCUCGUCACUGCUUCCGCUGUCCAGCGCUUCUGCCGUCCAGUGCUCCUCUCCGCUGCUCCUUUUCUUCAAUCACGCCGCCGCUGCUCCUUGCCACGUCAUCAUUCACUGCAGGGUCUCUCUUUUGUACCAUUUUCUGCAUCAUGGCUUCCAACGUCCAUCAUCCAAAGAUUGAGGAUAGCUUCCAUGACGAAGGGUCUGCUGAGGAAGCAAAAAUUGCCGGUAGCGAACAGGCUGAAGAUAAGGACCACAAGAAAGGAAUCCAAGAUCCGGAUAAAUACCAAGAGGAGUUGGUAAACAAAUACGACAGGCAGUUUAAAGAAAGCGAUGGUUUUGAAUACGACUAUUGGCCUGUGAAAAUGAAUUGGCUUGGUCUUGGUCAACGCAUCCAUCUCCAAAAGGAUACUGUGUAUGCUGAACAGGUCAAAGAGGCCCUUGACUUUGCUAUUAGGAAACAGAAUGAAAAGGGGGCAAAUCUUGAAGUCGAUGAAAUUCUUAUAGCAACCUGUUUUAGACCUUUUCUGUAUUACAUAACUUUUAGAGCCAAAAACUUGACUACGAAGGAAACCAGAGAGUAUCAAACUAGGGUCUUUUGGGAUCCAUUUACCCGUUCUGACGCUGAUGCUAAUGUCGAGCUUUUCAGGUUCAGAGAAGAAAAAAAAGAGGAGGCUGAGAGCUGCAGCAAUUAGUUGACAAACCCUGGGUGGAGUUUUGAUUCUUCAUUUUGUAAGCAUGCUUUCUUUUACGAGAACUCUAGGAAGGUUUGACUUUUGUAGUUAGCUGGACUUUCCAUAUAUGGUUUCUUCUAGUUCUUUUUUACGAUACUAUGCUAUAGUAUGGUAUGGUAUAGUAUGUCGUGAAUAUUACUGAAUUGUUUAAAGGUUUAUGUCAAUUAAUACUCAUUAUCAAACCUUUGAUUGUGAUUUGAUAUUAAUGAAUUUUUGGUUUAUGGGGUA